AUGUCGUCUGAGACAGCGGUUGAGCUCGAUGACGACUUUACGCACCUGGACCUUGUGGAAAAAAUGAAGAAUCUGUCAUUGAAACACGACACGGCCUUCAGCGGGAGGUGUUUUGGACCAUCAAGUAGUUUGGUGCUCUUCAUCAACGCCCUUUCUACCAAAAGGAAGUUGACGGGUCGCUUGAAUACGAUACAACUGCACGACUACUCCAAUUUAUAUCCUUGGGAGCAGGCUACUGCCGAUGCCGAGAAACCUUUUUAUGUUUUUCCUGAUAAUGAUCUUAUUAUGAACUUAGUCGCCAUAUAUUUUGGAACGAUCAAUCCAAUUCUUCCAAUCCUGCAUCGACCUACAUUCACGAAAGACGUCGCCAAUGGGUUACAUUUACGCGAUGAAAAAUUUGGUGCUGUAUUACUUCAUGUUUUACAUAUUGCGUCGCGUUAUUCCGAUGACCCAAGGGUAUUAGCCGAUCCCAGCUCGAGGCUUUCCGCAGGUUGGAGGUUCCUCGUGCAGGCCCGCCUCUUCAAGAAAGCUGUGUUGGCUCCUCCUAGCUUAUAUGAGAUUCAGCAAGCCGCACUCGGGGUGAUAUGCUCCAUGGCAACUUCCGUUCCUCAGUUUAGCUGGACCGUUAUUGGGCUCGGACUACGCGCUGCAGUAGAAAUUGGGUUACAUAGGCAAAAGCCGAAAGGGCACAAACCGACAGUCGACGAUGAACUUAAGAAACGAUCCUUUUGGGCGCUUGUUACAUUUGACAGACUACUAAGUCUAUACCUGGGCCGGCCCAUCACGAUCCAAGAGGAAGAGUAUGUUGUUUUGCUUCUGCCGGUUGAAUGCGACGAUGAAUAUUGGGAUAUUGGUCCUAAUGGAGAAGUGCAUUUUUGCCAACCGGCGGAUAAACCUUCCAAAAUCAGCUAUUUCAACGCUCAAAUACGGUUGGGCGGGAUCAUGUCGGUUGUCGCGAGGAAUUUGUAUUCCAUCAAGAAAGGUCGAGACAUGUUAGGUCUUAACGGAAAGGAUGAGCAGCGCAUCGUUUCUGACAUGGAUUCUUCCAUGAAUGCUUGGAUGAACGCCAUCCCCGACCAUUGCAUGCCUUCCAUUAUGUCAGUUGAACGUUCUACUUACCAUGCUUCAGUACGUUGGGACCCCGAACGCGACAAUACUCUGUUCUUACAUCAAUCUGCGGUUCUAUAUAACACCUAUUAUAUGCUCCAGAUCCAUAUACAUCGACCCUUUCUACGCACGGUCUCUUCUUUUUCCACUUCGUCUCUUGCUAUAUCCACGAUAGCAGCCAGAUCUUGUACUCGAAUCCUUCAGGUCCAUUUGAAAAGAAUAAAGUUUACAUCGCCCCACCUUCUGAUGAGUGCCUUCAUGUCUGGUACUGUGCUGGCUAUGAACAUCUGGAGUCGCAAACGGGCGAGCCAUCCCCCAAAUGCAAAUGAUCUAGCUAGCUUUGAAGAAUGCCUAGCUACGUUCAUACAUGCUGCCGACACGUGGAAUGUUGCUGGUCGUUCAUUGAAAAUGUUCAAGGGUAUGGCUUCCUUUGAAACUGCUAGUGUUUUAGAUGGGACUUCUACUGCAUAUCCUCCGAAAGAUGUCGGCCCUGUAUCUGCUCCCAUUUGGGAAUCGCAUUAUAACAUACGAGACGCUUCACCUAAACAAAUGCAGCAAUUCGCUUCUACAGAUCCAAAGUACUCGGACAGUCAUCUAGAGACCCACGCUGGUGCAAGCCAGCCCUUAGACUGGACAGACGUGAAGUUGCUGAAUCAGUCUCAAUCAUCAUUCUUCGAUAUUGCGGAAUCACAUUUGUCUGGUGGCGUAGGCACGAUCGAUAGGUGGACUUUGGCACCUCCAGGAUUUGACUUCGCGGAAUGGGACACUUACGUUAACAGUAUGGGCCUCGAGAAUGGAUACUCUUAA